UAAAGUACAAGCACCUUGAAUUUGUACUUGAGUAAAUGUCAGAGCCUGUCUGGAGGAAAUACCGUCCAUUCUGCUACGGCUCAGUUACUGCUUUAAAAAGCUAAAAGCAGCAGCUCCGGCAUGUUCCUCCUCCACCGCUGCAGAAAACCACGUGAAAACGGAUCACUUUGUGCGUCUGUAUCGGUGAAUCUCUGUCCGUGAGCUGCGACACCGACGUCUCGGUCCGCGGGCUUCUAGCUCGAUAGAAGCGUCAUGGAGUCUGAGUUGAGAGCAAACAUGGCGGCUGAAAUACGAGGUCCAGUCUGAAGAAUCUAAAUGGGACAAACGCACAUUUAAACCGACCACGAACCUUUUAUGAAACGCGAACAGCGAUUGCGAUGAAAAACGACAAGGGAAACUAAAGCUGUAACGAAGCGACACGGUUUAACGUCCAUUACCGAAGUUAACCGUUUCAUCGCCACGGUGGGUUCUCAUAUACAAGUAAACCGCGCCGAUCGGUGGUUACACGCUUCCGUUAACCGAGCCGGUAUCUGGCCGGUUUCCAUGUUAUGUCUGGACACAUUCCCACCAGCAUCACGGCGCAGAGUCCAUUUCUCUCCGGUAGGAUUCAGUAGUGACCCAGUUUGACUUCGACGAAACUACAGAAAACUUGCUGUCGUUGAAAACCCCAGCAGCCCGCGGUCUGUCUGUCUAAGCUAAUCCCAGUCAUGGCGGCUGUCCUCAGCAUCCCGGCGGUUUAAACACAGUCCAGUAACGGUCCAACAGGUAGAGCUGGACCUACGGAGGACACCAUCCAGCCGUCCCGCAGCUUUCCCUCCGCCGAGCACGGACGGCCGAUUUCCCCGGUGUCGGCGCUCACAGGGGCCGGCACGACUUUUGAAACAGGUGGCGGCAGCAAGAUGGCGUCCGAGGCUGCGCAGUACCGGAGAAGACGAGGACGGACGAUGACGUGACAGUGAAGGACACCGCGUGCUGUUUUUUCCCUCCUCAGUUAGAAAAGAUCCACGAUGUCGGAGAUGAGGCUUGUACGACGGAAAAACAGACGUUAACGCUCGGAUUAAUGUUACACCGUCGAAAUGCUCGAUGUGUUCGAGCACUCAGAAGGAUGCUGUCUUGAACCAUCAUACAGAUGUAUAAAAGGUGGGAUCCUAGGGUCCUUUAGAUGUCUGGGACCUGUUCAUGGCUUCUAAGAAGAAGCAGAAAGUCAUGGUGUUCCAUCACGAAGGCCCAACCACCCCUGCAGCAGCACCUGCAGCUGACCAUCCACCUGCAUGCUUUGCUGUUCUUAAACCAGGGAACGCAAGCGAAGGCGGGAUGGAACAAAGCACCCGUGUAACCAGUGAAGAGGUAGAGGUAGUAAAAGCCAGCAUGUACCCAUGCAAGGAAGCCACUGGGACUUCGGGUGAACUUCCUGCUGUGAAACAUCCCACCAGUUCAAACCCUCAUUCAGACAACCUGUCACCUGAUAGCGUCUGCAAAGGCAUAAGAGUGACGCUGGACAACAACAGCAUGUGGAACGAGUUCUUCAGAUGCAAAACAGAGAUGAUUCUGACUAAACAAGGCAGCAGGAUGUUCCCCUACUGCCGCUUUCGCAUCUCCGGCUUGCAGCCCUCUAGGAAGUACUCUUUGAUCAUGGACAUUCAACCUUUAGACAACAGUCGUUACAAGUGGACCGGCAACAGCUGGCAAGUUGCUGGGAAAGCAGAGUGUCAUGUAAAGAGUCAACCAUUUGCUCAUCCAGAGUCCCCAUCAACAGGUCAACACUGGAUGCAGAAUCCAGUGUCCUUUUACAAACUGAAGCUCACAAACAACAUCUCAGACCAAGAGGGGAACGCCAUCCUGCAUCCGAUGCACCGCUACUUUCCACAACUGCACAUAGUCCAAACUGACAAAGCUGCUAAAGACAUAAAGCUAAAUGGUCCCUGUGUUGUCACAUUCACUUUCCCCCAGACUGAGUUUAUGGCAGUUACUGCUUACCAGAACUCACGGUUUGCUCAGCUCAAAGUCAACUACAACCCUUUUGCUAAAGGACUGAAGGAGGAUGGGUCGAGUUCGUGGGGCCUAAAGCUGAAAUUGAACUCUGGCAAAGACUCGCACAAAGACGGAGACUCGACAACCAACGAGCAACAUCCUGUGAAGAAGAGCUUGAAGUCUUUGCUUGCAAACCAUAAACCUAGAAGCUCAAAAGCAGCGGACUCAAAACCUUCGGCAUCAGGUGACCUCCAGAAAAAUUCCACUACAAACAAAGAUCAGUCAACUGCCAAUGUUACCAGGGAAAGUUUGUGCAGUAGUUCACGUCCAGCUCAGAAGUUAUUUUCUGAACUUAUUCGGGAGGCUCACGUUUCACUGCAACGUUGUAACCUGGAGCAGCUGGGCAUCAAUAACAGCACCUCUCACAGAAAUGAGCUAACAAACACUAAAACCACAGCUGUGAAAAGCAACAGAGAAGAUGUUCCCAAGAAAGACAGUAUAUCUGUCGAAACAAACAGUGAAACAUCACCUGCAAAGAAAGGCGAAAAUGUUUUAGCAAAGAGGAACAUUAAGGAGGACAAGCACCUUUUGAAUUCACUGAACUGCAAGGACAAUGUUAGGACAGAUUAUUCUGAGGUCAGUAAUGUUGCUGCUGCUCCACUGGUGUCCCAGAACUCUUCUGUAGACCAGCAACCUAAACCCGAGGCUCCAUCAGAGGUGAAUGUAAAGCAGCAUAAACGGCCGGCGCCUCUACCUCUGCCAGCCCUCGCUCUUUUUUUGAAGCAGCAUUCGACAAAAUCUAAAAAGGCCAAGAGCAAGCCACAUUCUCCUCCCCCAGCACUCCCUUCUGAAUCUCUGUCUGGAUCACAGAGUCCUGCUUCAGCAUCUGCAUGUCUGCCUUCUGAUCAUGCCAGCAAUGCAACCGGUCCCUCAAAGGAUCUCACUGGUGAUGUCACAAAAUCGGACGACCAGGCCUCCGGACACACUGGUGCAGAUGUUUGUACAGGUGAAAUGGUUUUGAAUGUCAUUGGACAAGCAGUUGAAACAGCACUUCGGCCUUCCAGUCCAUCAUGUCCAGAUGCUGUUUCCGCUGCAGAGCGAAAGGGACCAAGAACUGACGAUUGCUUGGCUUCCAUUUCAGUUGCUGAAAGCCCAUGCUCAGACCCAGCAGUACCAGACGGUACUCUAGUAUUACCCUACUCAGAUGAGCCAUUUUGUACCUUUGGGACAUCUACAUCUACCAUUUCCUCAACUCUUGCUACCUCUUCUGCAUCUCCCAUUUUGUCACCACCCCUUGACACAGUGUUACCUGCCCAGAACUCACCACAAACACCAACCAUCACAAAGUCUUCCACACUACCUUCAGACUCACCCUCCAUAAAGUCUGAUUCUUUGCUUCCUGACCCAGAGUGUUCUUCUUUUGGAUUUGAGCCUUUGUCACCUACGAGCUCAUCAGAACCUUUGCCUACUCUGCCCGUCUCAUUAGCUUUAGAACUCGACUCGGCUACUUCUGAACCAACUCUGAAAGCAGUACCUCCUGAAGAGUUACAGCCAAUUGAAGACUCUACCGAAUCUGUGUUUAAAUGGCAUACAGUGUUACCUCCACCUGACUCGUACAUAGAUGCUUCAUUCACAACAUUUCAGCCCACAUCAGAGACGCUUCCUUUAACGUCGAUCACAUCAUCUUUGUUGCCUUCCCCGACUCCCUCCCACCCUGAAACACAGACUCUUGACACCUCCAAAUGCACGCCUCCCCCUGAUCCUGCUCCAUCAUUUCAAGAGAACGAACAGUCACUGCCCUUCCCAGCAGAACUGUCCCCCCUCGCGCUCCAGUUGCCGCUGUCUCCAACCUUUUCUUCAUUAGAUGGAGACGGAUUAUCACCCACGCCUUCAAUCACAGACCUCGUGCACUUUUUCUCCACCGAUGAUGACCUUGGAAUGGGUGUCGAGUUUUCAAACACUGAGGCAGUGGCUGUUACCUGCCCACCUCCUACUACAAUAGAGGCGAAUGCGCAUGAGCCUUUUCAGCAAGUGCAACCAAUCCCAGCCAACAAACCCAGCAAGUACAAGAAGAAGUCCAGGCGGCGAAAGCUUUCCAAGAUGGAUAUGCCUCAGAAGAUUGAUGACUCCACCUACACUAGCAUGCAGCCUAACCUGGAGGAAGUGGAGGAGCAGUUAUUUAUCUCGUUCACGUCAAAGGAGGCCCUCAAACUUCACAUCGCAGACUCCUCUGAAGGAACUGUCACACCACCUCAGACAACACCUGAAGGUCACCUGCUACCACCUGCUGACACACCUGAGAACGCAGAGGGUCUGGAGCAGAGGAUAUCUGCCUGUGAGAAGAUUCUCCUGAGAGACCUGAAGCUGAUGAAACACAAACAGGUCAUUCACCCUGUGCUGCAGGAAGUGGGUCUGAAGAUGAACCUGCUGGAUCCGACUCUGGCCAUAGACCUGCAGUACCUGGGGGUCCGUCUGCCCAUCCCCCCUCCUGGAGUCUCUCUGGAGCCACUGACCCAGGAGCUGCCUCCGUCUCAGGGUGUUUGUACAGCAUUUGUGUCCAGAACAGGAAAAACCACAGAUGUGACUCAGAUUAAAGGUUGGAGAGAGAAAUUCACUCCAUCAGAGGCUCCAUCCACUCCUUCAUCAGCCAAACCUGAAGCUGGUCCCAGUUCAGAUCUGCCUAAGAAGAACCUGUCGGCGUUCUGCAGCGACAUGUUGGACGAGUAUCUGGAGAACGAAGGGAAGCUGAUCGACGAGCGAGCCGCCAGCUUCUCUCAGUCUCUGGUGGAGCCAGUGGUUUACGAGCUCCCCACGAGGAGCACCAGCUAUGUCCGGACCCUAGACAGCGUCCUGAAGAAACAUACCAUCAGCUCCCCCACCUCAGACCUCAUAUCUGGAUUUGUCCCCCCCUCCAAAAGACCCAAACUCUCCCUCAAAGAAACGAAAACCUCCAGGAAAGGAGAAAGGAAACAGAAAGGUCCUAAACAGACCAAACUCAGACCAGAACCUGCAGCUGCUCCAGCUUCAACAGCUGAACCAAGUACAGCUGAACCAAACCUGCUCCCUAAACAGCCUGCAGUCCUGACCCCAGCACUGCCUCCCCCAGCAGAGCACACAGCAACUGUCACUGAACCUCCCAAGUCCAAGAAAAACCAGCUGAAGGUCCGAUUCAACCAGACAGAACCAUUAACUCUGUCCCCUCAGACCCCUGCCUUCAAAAAGAGGAAGAAACUGAAACCCAAGACCUUGUCCCUGACUCUCAGCCCCCACAGGUCCACGGCCACCUCGCUGGACGUCUCAGAGGACCUGGCUCCUCUUGAGUCGGACUCUGAGCUGGGGACCAGUGCUGAUCAAGGUGAUGAAGCCCACAAGGACAGCAGGCCUGUGAUGACCCGAGCUCUGUUGAGACAGAAAGACCUGGAAGAGGGAGUGUUGUGGGAGGGCCGGCCCAGGACCAGCAUCACCGAGGAGAGGGCCGCCAUCGCCCUGACCUCCCUUUUCACACUAAUGGGUUUUGUCAGUGAGAACCCCACCGCUCCCAUCCAGCUGAUCCGGAGACGAGCCCCCCCCUGUCUGAAUGAGUUCUGCAGGCUGGGCUGCGUCUGCUCCAGUCUGUCCCACUGCUCCAGGAUCAACCACUGCGGCCGGCCUCACUGCAUGUUCGGCUGCAGCUGCCUCAAACAGAAGGUGGUCCUCCUCAAGAACCUGGACGGCUCCGACUCCAGCCCCUCCCACCACGGAAACACCAAGAAGAGGAGGAGGAGGAGGAUGAAGAUGGCUUACAUUCUGAAGGAGGCGGACAGUGUUUCCCAGCCUGCCGAGCGGGUCCGGAUUCUGUGGAAGAGGGACGGUGGAGACUCAGAUCCAGAUCCGAUCCAUGUCCCUGAACCAUCCUCCCUGCCCCACUCCACUGAGAGCAGAGAGAAUAACAGCAGCUGUGCCAGGGUCAGAGGUUACAGAAGAAAGAAGAAGAGCCAGAAACAAAAGGAGGUGAAUAAAGAAGUGAAGUCUAAAGCUGUCCGGAUGAAAUCUUUGAAACAGAGAGACCUGACACUGAAGGAAGCAAAGACUCAAUCCUCCAGCUCUUCUCCAGCAGAUGAACCAGCUCAGCCAGCUCCCUCCGACCAGCCUCCGAGUCCUCCCUCAGAGCCAAACCCAAAGCCAUCGAAGCGUCUGAUCAUCUUGGCGGAGUGUAAGUGGGCGAGCGACGCCGACCGAAACCACGUGUUGAAGAAGCUGUGUGAGGCAAUGGCUCAGGACCGACUGGACGAUCCUUUCUGGAUCAGAAAGUAUCUCAUCAGUCCCAUCAGUCAGACUGUGGAGGAGAGCGGCAGUGACCGCUGCAUCCAGUACAAAAUCCACAUCUCUAGACCCAGAGUGGAGCGGGAAAAAGCGGCAGCACCACCGAAACCACAACAACAAGGAAACAAAAGAAAGGAAAACCCACAACAACAGGACCACCUGAGACAGGUGAACGGGGAGGCGGAGCCUCUGAAAGACUGCCCAAGAGAGGAGAUGGAGGAGGAGGAGGAGGAGGAGCCUCUGGAGGAUUGGCACCAGGAGGUGAUGGAGGUGGAGGAGCCUCUGGAGGACUGGCAGCGGGAGGUGGAGGAAGGUGACAUUCAGGAGGAGGAGGUCUCAACAUUUCACCAGGUGGAUGAUGGGAGGGAGAGGAGUGGAGGGAAAAUGAAAAUAAAAGCAAAGAAGAAGAUGGUCAGCAUGGCUCUGCCUUUCCUGACAGGAAUCUCCCCCGCUGGAUUCCUCUCUGCCACUAGGAAACAGCCGGGAGGGACAGACCACCUGGUCCAGGUGAACGGGAAGCUCUAUCCUCUGGCUAAGAUCCAGUUGGGGAAGAUGGGGGCCCUACAUCCGGCCAACCGUCUGGCAGCCUAUCUGACCGGCCGGGUGGGGUGCAACAGGAAGCAACAAGGUUCUUCCUCAUCCUCCUCACCCUCUUCUAAACCUCCUCAGACCCAGAGUUCAGGACCAACCGCCCAGACCAUCUUCUCACCUUCCUCUAACCUACCUACCACUACAGCCACCACUAUCCUACCCAGACCCCGGCCGUCAGUCACGGCUCUUACCCUUCCAGCCUCCCCCACAGUGCUUCAGCCUGGUGCAGUCAUGACCGACCAAUCAGCCGCUGCUUCCUGCGACCUGCCUGCAGGUGAAGCACCUGGGGGGGUGACGACCCAAGUUGUCGCGUCGAGGGUGUACCCAAGUCCUGCAGUGGGGGGCAGUAAGGUCAGAGCGGCACCAGCUGCUUCUUGUAGCUCCACCCCCUCAACAGCCUCUCAGAUGAGCAGCUCUGUGGUUCGACCCGUGAAUCCAUGUCCAGGCUCGGCGGCGGUCCCAGGCCCUCAUGUGAAGGUUCCUGUAUGGGGUCUGGCUCCCCAACCCCCGCCUUCCCCCUCCAACGGUCAGAGGAUGGUCCUGCAGCCGGUCCAGACAGUGUCAGGUGUCCAGUAUUACCGUAUACCAGAUGGUAAGCUGGUCCAACUAGUUCCCAUCAGCAAGCUAAGACCAGUCAACCCAAACCUGCCUGUUCAGAGAGGCCCUCCUCCCCCCUCAGUCCUUCCCUCCGCAUCACUUCAGACUCCAGCCGUCAGUGUUAAUCAGACACCGCCACAGACCUCAGUAACCACCUCCGCAGUAACUACACCCUCCUCCUCCUCCUCAUCCUCCUCCCCUCUGUCCAGCCUCAAGUCCCUUUCUGUGCCCCCCCUCCCUGCCCCCCUCUACCCUAGCUCUGGUUUCCUGUCUCAGAAGGGGACGUGCACCUUUAAAAUCCUUCCCGCCAACUCCAACAAGGAACCGAUCAUCAUCACCUGUCCUAAGCUUCCCUCCCUGCCCCCUGCCAAGGUGGUGACAUCUCCAAACUCCUUCAACCUUCUCCAGCCUCACCCCCAGCCGCCCACCGCCCCGGUGAACCUCAUCUCCCUCAAACCCUCCACAGGUCAGGGGGCCGAGCUUGGGGUCAAAACGGUGUCGGUGUCUGCGGUCCCAGUGGCUCCUGGUGGGGUGUUGGUCCCUCAGAAACCUGCUUCAUCUCAGACCUCCGCCACCUCCCAGACCCCCGUAGAGAAGACUCCCAGACCACCACCCCCAAUUCCUCCUUCAGGGUCAGAGGUCACACCUGUACCCCCACCGUACCCCCCUGCUGAGCCUGAGCUGGCCUGUGACCUGGUGGACCUGGACAUCAUCUGUGUGGAUGAUGAGACAGGGCUCGUUACCACGGAGAUGCAGUCAACGGAGGUGGUGGACCUGGCGGUGUCGUCAAGCGGUGACACGGAAAACUCGUCAGACUUCGCUGACGAGUCGUACAGCGAAGAAGAGAAGGAGACGAUCGUACCGAACCAUCGACACAUUCAUAACAUGUUGGAGAAGAAGCGUCGAGUGAGGAUGCUGCAGCUGUUCGAUGGUCUGAGGAGGGAGGUGGGACUGAGUGAUGAGAAGACUUCAAAGAUCUCCACACUGAAGAAGGCGGUGCAGAUGAUCCAGGAGCUGAGGGCGACUGAAACAGAUCUGAAGAAGAACAAGAGGAGGCUGAUGAAGAGGAGGGAUGAGUACCUCUCCACCAUCGCUCCAACAACAGAUAAGAGCAGACAUGUGAUCAGCAUAGAGUCCGUCACUGAGCAGAGAGGAGGCACAGGGAGCAAAACCAGAGCAGAUCUGAAGGAGGUGGAUCAGUUCAACCAGACGGACGACUCGUCUGACGGGGACAGAGUCGACGAGAAAGAGAGCGACAUCACUAUCGCUUGUCAGCAGAUCCAGACUCUGCAGACUGAGAUGGAGAGACUGAAGGGUCUGAAGAGCCUUCUGAACCAGCAGAGACACGCCUACAUCAGAGAGAUCUCCCAAAGAUCAGGUGAAAGUGAGCAGAGAGUCCUGAGGAAGCUGCAGCACCUGUCGUCCAAACAGAAGAAGAUGGAGAAGCAGGAGAGACACCGAGCAGCCAAUCAGCUGCCAGCUGCAGGUGGGGGCGGAGCCUCUGAUACUCCAACAGGAGACGCAGCUGAUGACGACAUCACAAUCACAUCAGCCAACCUGCAGCGGCAGCAGACUCCGCAAACCCCCCCCACUCCUGUGUCUGCCCCGCCCGCCGCCACCACACCUCACCAAACACCUGUCCAGCAGUCUCAGAGGGUCCUGCAGGUGUCGAAGCCUGUCUCGGCUCCUCCUGCGGUAUCCCACAAUGCACCUGUGGUGAGGGACCGGCCAAGGACCAUCCCGAACAUCCUGUCUCGCAGUAAAAACCCAGCUCCACCGCCGUCUCUGCUCACCAAGACUGUGGAGGGUGAAGCUCCAUCCAUUCAGGCCCUGGUGCCGGCUGAAGUUCUGUCUCUGGUUGGUGCAGCGUUGCCGGGACAACCGGUCCUGACCCUGAGCCCGCUGAUGGCGGGACCGGCGGUUCUGCAGACGACUCCUACGCCAGGCGUGGCCUCAGUCACCCUCAACAUCCCCACUCUGACCAAUCAGCAGAUCCAUCUCACCUCACUGCCCCGCCCCCCAACCGCUGCAAACUUCAACAACCUGCUGCACCUGGUUCAACCAGCAACUACACAACAACAAUCACAAAUGCAUCAACAGCUUCCCCAGCAGCAGCAGCAGCAGCAGCAGGUCCUAGCAGAUCAGACCCCCCUUCCUCCCCCCCUGGUGGUCUCUGCCAGAUCUGAACUCUCCUCAGACCAGAUCAGAGACCAGGACCAGGCUCCAUCCCAGGACGACACCAAAGCUGAGUCCUCUUCAUCGUCGUCUCCACCCUCCACCCAUGGUCCGUCAUUCACUCUGUGCCGGGGUCCGAGUGCUGAUCAUCAGGUUGAGGUCAGAGUCCCGGGGCCUCCGGGUCCAGAGCAGCCGCCAGAGACCAGAGGGGACGGUGAGACCGAGACUCUGACGUCCCUCCUCAACGAGAUCGUCUUCCUCAACCAGCAGAAUGUGUCUGUGGCCGUGACAGCGGAGGUCUCGUCCGAGGCGGACGCUGCGGUGGGUGGAGGCAAGCGGCGGGUCCAAGCCCACACCCCCUGGCUCCUGCACCUGGACUCGGACUCUGACGACACCGUCGCUGCGGAGAUGGAAGAGGCGGAGCGACAGGGACACACGGAGACCACGCAGGCCGAAGCUCAGACAGGACCAGCCAACGGGAACACUAAAGGUGGUGUCCUGGCUCCGCCCCCUCUGCUGCAGAUGAAGGUGGGCGGGGCUAAGGUGGCGGACGCCGCCAGCAGUGACGAAUCGGCAGCGGCAGGGGGAAGCGGGGGAGGGGGGAAGACGGAAGGAGGCGUGGCCUGGAGGCCGAUGCCGAGGCUGGUUCCUCUGGGGCUGAGAGGAAACCCGCCCAGCUGACAUCACACCGCCUGACUGAUGAUGUCGCGGCAGGUUCAGGAUCUCAUUGGUCGCCAGUUUUGUAUUUCUGCGCCAGCGCCUCGCUGUUUCCGCGACGACCAUUCGACCGUUUCCUUGAUGUUUACAGAUGAUCUGUGAUUAUGUUCAGUUAGUUCAACUUUAUUUAUUUUUUCCACGUUUUUCUGAACUUAAACUCUUCAGCUCCGUCGAGCAACGUGCAACCGGAGCAACUUCCACGGCAACGGUGCGAGUUGCUCUUUAGGGUCACAGGAAGAUUGUCGCCAGAAGAAAUUUGAGUUUCAUUGUUCACAUGAAAAGAUGCAUAUAAUGUAGUGCCUGUCUGAUAUCUAAAGGUGUGUGUGAGAGUGUGAGUGUGAGAGUGUGAGUGUGUGUGAGAGUGUGAGUGUGUGUGAGAGUGUGAGUGUGUGUGAGAGUGUG